AUGAACGAGCAAGUAGAGCGCCUGGUGAAUAAGAUCUGGGAGAAGUACCAAGAUAUCCCAGCAUCCAAACGCCUAUUGAUCGCCGUCUCAGGAAUCCCCGGAUCCGGAAAAACCACAUUAGCAACCAUGGUAUCCGCCAAACUCAACGAGAAACAUGCCCAGCAAUCUCCAGGCACGGCAAACAGCAACCCCAUCUCCGCCUUCAUCCCAAUGGACGGCUUCCACCUCUCCCGCAUCCAGCUCGACGCAAUGCCCGAUCCGCACAGCGCCCACGCGCGGCGCGGCGCAGCCUUCACUUUCGACGGCGACUCCUUCUUCUCUCUCGUCAAGAAGCUGCGCGAGCCCAUCUGCCCUGAGACGGCAACGCUGUACGCCCCGAGCUUCGACCACGCGCUCAAAGACCCUGUUGAGAACGACAUUGCCAUUGCACCGUCUGUCCGCAUCGUAGUUUUCGAGGGCAACUACUGUGCGCUUGACAGGUCGCCUUGGCGCGAUGCUGCGGAGCUGAUGGACGAGCUGUGGUUUGUCCAUGUGGAUUUCGAAGUCGCGCGCAAGCGCUUGAUUCAUCGCCAUGUUAAGGCGGGCAUUGCGCGGAAUGACGAGGAAGCGGCACGGAGGGCGGAUGAGAAUGAUCUUGUUAAUGGCAGGGAGAUUGUGGAGCAGAGGCUAAGUGUGCAUGAGGUUAUUACGAGUCGAGAGGAUCCGGCGUGGGCUCCGGAGCAGCAGGGUGUUGGUGGUGGAGAGAGAAGUGAGACGAAGCCUGAAAUGGCGAAAUUUGUAUAGAAUUCAUGGGCUUAAAGUCAUGUUGAUUAU